AUGCUUUUCCAACCAUCUGAGGCUUCAAUUUUCAAGCUCUUUUCGCUUAAAGACAACGUCUCUCUUAUCACUGGAGGCGCUCGCGGUAUCGGGCUCGGAGCUGCGAUAGGGUUAGCCGAAGCAGGGUCUGAUAUUGCUAUAACAUACAAUUCUUCAAAGCCUGAUGAAGUGAAGAAAGUGGAAGAAAUUUUUCAAGAAUUGGGCGUUCGCUUCAAAGCAUACAAGUGUAAUGUGGUGAACAAGAAGGACAUCGAGGCUUGUGUGAACCAAGUUGUCUCAGACUUUGGUCGCUUGGAUAUUGUGGUACCCAAUGCUGGUGUAGCAGUUCACCAGGAAGCUGAAAAGUUUACUGAAGAGAACUACCAUAAGACUUUGAGUGUGAAUUUAGACGGUGCGUUUUUUACGGCUCAGGCAGCUGCAAAUGCGUUCAAGAAGCAGAAGGAGAACUCCGAGUCGUUCAAUCAGGGCAGAAUUGUAUUCACUGCUUCUAUCUCAUCUAGCAUCGUCAACUAUCCUCAGCCCCAAGCUCCAUACAACGCAUCUAAGGCAGCAGUGGUUCGUUUAGCUAAGUGUCUAGCAGUCGAAUGGGUUGAUUUUGCUAGAGUCAAUUGUGUAUCGCCAGGGUACAUCGCAACGGAAAUGACCGACGUUCAUCCUGAAGAAUGGAAGAAGAUCUGGUUUAGUUUGAUUCCAGCAAAGAGAAUGUGCUCUGUGUAUGAACUCAAGGGUGUAUACGUCUUCUUGGCCAGUCAGGCUUCUUCGUAUGUGACAGGUGAAGAAGUCAUUGUCGGUGGAGGGUAUGCACUUCUUUAA